AUUUCUGUGACAACGACAAAAAGCAAAUGGCCGGUUGAAGUUUUUGUUGUUGAUCGUUCUGCUGUUUUGAAAUUAAAGUGAAUAUUGCAUUAUAAUUUGGUGGAAAUAUUAUUUUGUUGUUAAAAUGUCUCUGAAAUGGACUGGAAAUCACAAUGAAACUGGUAUACUAAGAAAGAGUGAUGCAAGCAGAGAGAAGAAAGAAGAGUUAUUCGUGUUCGGGUAUUCGUGCAAACUGUUCAGGGAUGAUGAUAAAGCUCUGCACAUUGACCAAGGAAAGCAUCUCAUUCCGUGGAUGGGGGAUGAAACUUUGAAAAUCGACAGGUAUGACGCAAGAGGGGCCCUCCAUGAUUUGGUGUCCUUAGAAGCUCCACCUGGUGGCUUCGACUGGCGUGUGGAGCUUUCCAGAUCUGAACAGGAUGUGGAACAGCUCUGUGAUGAGGAGAGAUACCGGGCCCUACAUACUGAUGAAGAUGAGGAAGAAAUGUAUAAGGAGGAAGAGCUUAAACGGCUCCAUGCAGCAGGUUAUGGUCAAGUCGGCUUCAACUAUGACGCUCCAGCUGAAACACCUCCUGAACCUCCAGUAGAAAUUGAAGAGCCCUUUGAACCUACAGCUUCAUUUAAAGAACUGCUGCCUUCAAAUACAGAAUUUCCUCCAACACAGAAGCAAAAUGCAAUUAUUGAAAAGACAGCCAAGUUUAUAGCACAUCAAGGUACCCAAAUGGAAAUUCUUAUUAAGGCCAAACAGGGUGACAAUCCCCAAUUUCAAUUUCUCAACAAAGAUUCAUCACUACAUCCCUACUACACGACCCUUAUAGCAUUGGUCAAAGCUGGAAAGUGGCCGGAGAAGGCAGAGGUUGUUGAAGAAAAACAUGAAACAAAUGAGGAGUACCUUCAUCCAAGCUUAGCAUCAACUGUUAUAGAAUCGGCUCCUUCGAUACCGAGCAUUCACUACAGGCCGUCUGCAGAUUGUGACUAUACUUUACUGAUAUCAAAAAUGAGGGGCGAGACAUUGGAUGAGUACUCCGACCUGGCACCUGGCGAGGUGGCGCCCCCGGGAACUGAACCUGUGCUACCAAGGGCUGAUAUCAUGAAGGCACCGGUCAUGUACAAUAGAGGAGAACCAGUUCCACCGAUUCCUCAAACUGUGCAACAUCAUCAGUAUGCAGCGUACUACACACAGUAUAUGGCUCAUCUAACACAACCACAGACACAAGCACACACGCCACAGACGACAGUUGAAAAACCAGCACCGACCAUAUCUCCAACGGAAUCCACCGGUUUAAGUCUUAUGAAGAACUACAACACGGACAGUGAAAGCGAAGAAUCAGAAUCAGAAGAGAAUUCUAAGCAAGGAAGCAAAGACAAUGUGUUAGUUCCACCGAACGAUAUUCAUGUGGUCAUAGACAAGAUGGCGGCAUACGUAGCGCGGAACGGUGACGAGUUCGAAAAAAUUGUUCGGUCUAAAAACGAUCCGAGAUUCACAUUCUUAGAUGACAGUAAUAUAUAUCAUCCAUACUACAAGAAAUUGAUGCUUGAGAAAAGAGGUGUCCCAAAUGGAAAGGAUAAAAACGAAAUUGAUAAAGCAAUCCCCGUGUCGUUUUCAAUAAAGAAACAUAAGGAACCGGAACCGAUUCUCCCGAAGCCAGCACUUCCAUACGAGUCGAGCACAGAUGGUGAGGAAGAAAAUAAAGAAGCCGAUAAACGUGAAGCACCUAAGGAAGUGCCAGUCACUAAUAUACCGCAGACACAUCUCACUAACAACAGUAACAGUAUUCCGCCUAUUGUUGUAUACAAAAUGGAAGCAGUACAGGCCAACAAUCUGCCUUUAGUGAAAACAUAUGAACCUUGCAACAUUGGCAAAGCAAUUACUGAAGUCAGUGAGAAUCCUAAGGAAGCGGUUGUUCCUCAAGUAGGUGAAAAAAUUACAGAAAAUGUCUUACAGCCCCCUGCUGAAAUUAAAAAGGAGAAUUCGCCGGAAAAAAAAGUUGUCGAACGGGCCAAAGAAAAAGAUAAGAGUCCCAGGGAUAAGAGUCCUAAAGAAAGGAGUCCUAAAGAAAGGAGUCCUAAAGAAAAGAGUCCUAAAGAUAAGAGCCCUAAAGAUAAGAGUCCUAGGGAUAAAAGUCCUAGAGACAGGAGCCCUAGAGAUAAAAGGAAAUCUAGAGAUCGAAAAAAGGAUUAUAGAUCAAGAAAUGAUAGGGAAUCGAGAAGAUCCGAUCGGAGAAAUGAUGACAGAGACAAAGAACGCGAGAGAAAGAGAGACAGAGAGAGUGACAGGGAUGGAAAAAGAAAGAAAUAUAAAGACGCCAUAGAAACAGAAAUUAUAUCAUUAGAAGAUAAUUCUGAUGAAAUGAUUGAUUUGACCGGCGAGCAAUCCGACUCCAGAGGCGAAGAGACGGAGGCGGAUCGUUGCAAGCAGCAGCAGCGUCGUCGCCGUGCGGCGGAGUUCCUCCGACGUGUGUCCUCCUCCCGCACGAGGACUAGCCACGGGACCGACCGCAACCCUCGCCCACCGACCGCUACUCUACCGCACUCCUCACUAGCCAGCGCCAUGGUUGACACAUUAGAAUCAUUGUACAAAAAGAAAAACGAGGAAGACGAAAAGAAGAAGCGAAGAGAGAAACGACGGCAACGAGAUAAAAGAGAUUAUGAAGAAGAAUCCGACAGAUACAAGAAAAACAAAAGAAGGAAGAAUAGGUCUUCAGAAGAGGAAGACUCAGAUGGACCAGGUUCCAAAAAGAAGAAGAGAAGGAAAGAGAAAAGCCAUUCCUCUAAAAGCCAGAAAAAAACGAGAGACACAGAGAUAGGUGAAAAGCCACAGCAAAUUAACAUCGAUAUAACGAACACACUCAAGGAGCUAAGGAACUCGUCCCCCACAAAAGAACUAAGAUUAAGAGAGGAGAAGCUUUUAAUAAAAGAUAAUUCCGAUGGAGAGAAAAGUAUGAAGAGCAUAAAGAGAGAUAGAGAGUACAGCGAGGGAGAGUGGUCCAGCGAUAGUAAUAAUGACUCCGGCUUAAGUGACAACAAUGCGGAACAAACCGUAGCUGGGAAAUCAAAUUAAGACAUUCAAAAAUUCAUGGUUGCUGUAAAUUACAUACACGUAGACAAAUGCUUGUUAAUAAAUUUAAAGAAAUUCAAAUAUUAAUAUAGAAUCAUCAUCAUUAUUAUUAUUAUAUUACUGAAACUAUAUUUUUGUGACUAAGUUUCAUUUAUUGCUUAUUGUAAUUGCGAUUGACGGGAAUAUAUAUAUAUAUAUAUAUAUAUAUAUAUAUAUAUAUAUAUAUGUAUUUUUUACAUAAAUAUAUAUUUUUAUUUUGUAUUCUUUUUUUGAGUAACUUUAAUGUACAUAGCUCAUGAUAUUUUAUCUAUUUCAAUCUUUUCAACACAACAAAGAUAUAUUAAAUUAAAUUAAACAAGAAUGUUAUUUAUAUCAUUGUUGUUUCAAUGCAUAAAUAAAAUCAAUUAGAAAAUAUUCUAAGAUUCUGUUAACUUCGACGAGAUAAAGAUUUAGUACUUGCUACAGCCCGACUUCAUGAUUGUAUGUAUAUACAUAUUAUAUUCUGUAAGGGUUGUAGAAAUUUAGUAAUGUAACAGCUCACUAGUGGCGUCAUCUGUUGUGGCGAGUAGAUUUAGUAGUUUAGAGUAAAUUUUGAAGUCUAAGGAUGAAUUUUUAAUAGACAUUUUUAUAUUUUUUUGAUUUUGAAAGAAUGUAUAUAUUUUGUUCAAUUUUUUUCUAAUUCGAAUGUUUCUUGUUUGUUUCCAAGAAAACAAAGCUUGGAGUAUAAUGAACGGAUAAUGACUUUGUUUCUUUCUGAACGAUUGGGUACAUUUGUGUCAAUGUUGCAUUUUUGCACAAAACAUAUGUAUGUGUAUAAUAAAUGUGAUGUUUUUAA